UGAAAAGUGAAAGGAUUGUUAUUGAAUCCAGUGGAGCACUAGGUGGAUGCUCGCUUGAGACCACAGACCCUGUAACAGUCCAUAGUCCAGAGAUCCACUUAUGUGACAGAGCAGUGCAAUGAUGGCGGACGGAUGUGAAUUUGAUCUGGACUACAUCACAGAGCGGAUCAUUGCCGUCUCCUUUCACCAGGCAUGCCCAGAGAAAACCUAUCUGCAAAACCUACACAACAUAAUGCAGAUGCUGCACUCCAAACAUUCAGACAACUACUUGGUUGUGAACCUCUCAGAGCCACGAGAGGAGCUGAAGAAGAUGAACCCCAGGGUGAUAGAUGUUGGUUGGCCUGAACAGCACGCCCCAUCCCUUCAUCUUCUGUGUUCCAUCUGUAAAAGCAUUGAGAAUUGGCUCAACACUCAGGUUGAGCAUGUGCUGCUGCUGCACUGCAGGGGUGGCAAAGACAGGAUUGGAGUCGUCAUUUCAUCCUAUAUCAACCUUCCUAGCGUAUCUUCAAGUGAAGAGCAGGCUUUAGACUGCUACACCAUAAAGAGGUUCUACAGUGAUAAGAUGGCUCCACUGAUAACUCCGUCCCAGAAAAGGUAUGUGCAGAUGUUUGGCAAGCUCCUGAGCCAUCAGUUAAAGAUAAACUCCUCUCCACUCUUCUUCCACUGCAUCUCCCUCCACCACAUCCCAAAGCUUCACCCUACAGUAUGCCAUCUUUUUGUGAGGGUAUACCAGAGCAUGCAGACAGUGUGCACUACAGGAGUACAUCAGAUUGCUGUUGGUCAGACAGACAGAGUUUAUUUUGCUCUGGAACCUCCACAGCUUCUCAAAGGUGACAUUAUGAUUGUAUGCUAUCAUAAAGAUGUUUCAAAGGGAACCAGGGAGCCUGUGUUUCGCAUGCACUUUCACACAGGCACUGUCCACGGACACCCCGCCUUGUUUCGAAAAGAGGACCUCGAUCUUGCAAACAAAGAUCCAAGGUUUCCAGAGGAUGGAGAGGUGGAGGUUGUUUUUUCAGAAACUACAGAGAGAAUUCCAGGCUUUCCACAAGGCAGUGGUGGCUGGAGGAAUAGCUCUGCUGUUGUUAUUGACUAUGACACUUUGGAUCCUCUCGUUCACUGGGACUCCUAUGAGAACAUUGCAACAGAAGGUAAGAGGAAUGAGCGUGCCCCCUCUGUGAGCAGUGAUUCUGGACUCUCCAGCAACUCUCAGUGGGCUGGAACUCCAGGCACUGGACUCCACAUUGGCCACAGCCCUGAGGAACGCGCUCAGCUCCAGAAAACCACUGCUGGAGACAACAUGGAGGGUGAUUUGCCCCAUCUGGAAGUCAUGACCCCUGAGCAUAAUUCUACUGAUGAAAGGGACAGAUCAACAGAGGGAAAAUCGCACGGCUUAGACACUUCCUUUCAUGUCAACGGUGAAGCUGCAAGCACAGAACGAGAAACCGAUAUUCUAGAUGAUGAUCAUGUUAACGGCAUCACUGCUUCUUUACCAGAUUCUACAGAAACAAGUCAUAAGUGUCCUGCUUUGUCAUCACUUGCUGGAUCAGAGGAUGUUAGAGAUGGAGCAUGCCCCCCAGCCUCCAGCGAGGCAUACAGUCACGGAGUGAACUCUACACGGAUUCUCACACACAACACCGUGUCCAGCGGCUUUCAGACGCACAUGUGGGUCAGGCAACAGCAGCUAGUCUCUGCUGAUUCUUACAUGUACCCCCCAUCAGACAGACUGGAGCAGAGGUUGGAGGUGGGGCUUGAAAGUGUGAGGGGCAACUCCACCUUACCGACCGGUGGUGCUCCACAGGUGGAGCCAGAGGCGGAGCAGGAUGAUGAGUUUGCCUCCCUUGCAAUGGAUAUUGACCAAUCAAUUGAACAGCUGAACCAACUGAUCCUAGACCUGGACCCUGAGUUUGAACCAGUGCCCACAAGGGCCAGGAGUCACAUGAUGCGUUCAGCCUCUCUCCACACCAAUGGAAUCGGCCGUUCGAAUGGACAAGCAAAAUCCAAUCAAUCAGGUUGGAAGCGUAGGCAGAUAAGUGAUGUCACCAACCAGCCUCGAUUCAGGAGUGCCGCUGGUGAUCUGUUACUGGUGUCACCUAAGCCUCCUCUCUCUAAACUGUCCCAGUUUGGGGCUGUUUAUGGCACUGACACUGUGGACUAUGGAGAAUUCAAUCCUCAGGCUGACAGAUCUUUAUGGGUGGACCUUAACCAUCCUCCAGCAACACCAGCAUUUCCAGUGUCACCUCCCACACCUUAUGUGAAGAGCGUGUAUGACUUCAACCACGUAGACCACAGCCCUCAGUCCAGUGCACAGCACCUGCUCUCAAGGACACAGCAAGAGUCACGGGGGUUUGUGGACAGCAUGACACACACUCCCAUGUCAUCAGAGGGAGAUCUGUUUCGCACUGAAGUGACGUCGAGUCCUGCCUCCUGCCAAAGGAUAUUUGGAUCCAUGCGAUCAGUCAACACAUCCAGCCCGCUUCCCGUCAGUGACAGCCCAACUGCAGUUCAUUCCUGGUUGGAGAGUGGCUCUAACACCCCACUGAGUCACUACACACCCCAGCCCUCUCCUCCGCUGCCCCUUUCUGCACCCAAUGCUCACAGCUCCCCCUGGGGUGGUGCCCGCAGUCUGUCCUCCUCUCUAGGAGUAGGAAGCUUGGAGCACAGUCUGCUGGAGGCUAUGGAGGGUCUGGAGUCUCUGGGCUUAGAAGGAAUACAGCCUCCGCUGUUGCCCCAGAAGAGGAGAGGGGUGGAUGGUGGGGACAUGUUCCUGAACUCAUCACUCAGCAGGACUGCAGUCAGUAACAAUGGAUCACCUACAGGAUCAACACCGAGCCCAGAUCCAUUGUCCGGUAAACCUGACAACGCAAAGUUCGUCCAAGACACAUCAAAGUUCUGGUACAAACCGGACAUCUCCAGAGAGCAGGCUAUCACUGUGCUAAAGGAUAAAGAGCCGGGAUCCUUUAUCGUCAGAGACAGUCACUCCUUCAGAGGAGCGUAUGGACUGGCCAUGAAGGUGGCCACGCCCCCUCCCUCCAUCCUACAGCAGAGCAAGAAAGUGGGGGAUCUGACCAAUGAGCUUGUGCGCCACUUCCUGAUAGAGUGUACACAGAAAGGAGUGAGGCUGAAGGGCUGUCCUAAUGAACCCUACUUUGGUAGUCUUACUGCUCUUGUUUGUCAGCACUCCAUCACACCACUGGCUUUGCCCUGUAAACUAAUCAUCCCAAGCAGAGAUCCUCUAGAGGACCUUACUGAGUCUCAACAACAGACUUCCACAAAUUCAGCAACGGAGCUACUGAAACAAGGAGCAGCGUGUAAUGUGUGGUUCCUGGGCAGCGUAGAGUUGGAGUCUCUGACAGGAGUGCAGGCCAUACAGAAAGCCUCCACAGUAAUCCUCGGUCAGAACCCUCCGGCCACCUCCACCAUCGUCCACUUUAAAGUGUCUGCACAGGGCAUCACGCUUACAGACAAUCAGAGGAAAUUGUUCUUCAGGAGGCACUACGCUGUCAACACGGUCAUUUUCUGUGCUCUGGACCCUCAAGAUAGAAGGUGGACAAAAGACGGCUGUUUGGCUGCAAAGAUCUUCGGCUUCGUAGCGAGGAAGAGCGGCAGCAGCACAGAGAAUGUGUGUCACCUGUUUGCAGAACAUGAUCCUGAGCAGCCUGCCAGCGCUAUCGUCAACUUUGUGUCCAAGGUGAUGAUUGGCUCUCAGAAGACGAAGUAGAGCCACGCCCACCAGGAGCAUUUCCAGUACUACGCUCUAUGCUUGGUGAUUCUUCAUCACAUUCCCCAUAUCACUUAAACACUGCACUCUGCAUACAACCCAUAUGGCUAGAUCUUUUACAGAUUUUCUACAGUGCCUAAAGGGGUUCUUUACGUCAUUGAAGAGCCACUUUUUAGUUCUGUAACGAAUAUUAGAACCUUUCAGCUGUUCUAUAAGGGAAUACUCCAGUGUGGUGCUUCGUUAUGGAUGUAAUUGUGCUGGGUCACCACAUUAUGUGUGUCAGUAUGUCACCCUGAGUGUGAUGAUGUGAUGAUGUUGCCAGUUUAACACAGCAUGGCUUUAAAAAAAAUAUAUAUAUAUAAAUGUGUCAACAGUGAUGUUGACACAUUGAGGUUGACACUGACAGAGUGGGAUGCUGUGGGAAACAGUAACUGAAGCCAGUUGGAUAUAGAAUGCUGCAGAAUGCAUUUAACAUGAGGCUGAGCAAUCAGAACUAUGUUAUAACAGUUGCUUUCAUAGUUAGUUCAUUUAACUAGAGUUGGAACAUGUUUUACUACCAUUUAAAAAGUGCCUGCCUGUGAAUUAUCAAUGAAAAAAAUAAAUGGGGCUUGGGAAUUCCAAGAAGACUGAAGACUGUUAAACACUGACACUGUGGGCCGUGGAUAAGUGAGCAUUUGAACUUUGUGAAAUUAAGCAUCCUACCAGCUGUUGUGUGCUAUUACCCAACCAGACAAAUAGAGGGAGGCCCAGCGUCUCAGCUUAAAGUAACUUUAAAUUACUGCCUGUGCCCACUGCAAAUAGAGGCUGGCCGCACCAUGUGAUCUAAAUGCCAGAGAUGCAGGCUGCACCGUGCCAACUUGUGUGAGAGUUGUGUGCGAGUUGUGUGAGAAUGCUUUCCCAGGCCACUUUCUAGUUAGUAAGCCUACAAUUGAAGGCCUUUGCUAAAUCUUUGCAGCUUAUAGCAUCGUUUAGCUCUCCAGUGCCUCCAGCCCUUUGGAAAACUCUGCAGAAACUGCAAAAGUUAAGAGACCACUUCAAUUUCUGAAUCAGUUUCUCUGUAAAAUGAACAUUGUUGUUUUAUUCUAUAAACUACAGACAACAUUUCUCCCAAAUUCCAAAUAAAAAUAUUGUUAUUUAGAGCAUGAGAAAUGAGAUAAUAAUGAUGCAGAGCUUUCAGACCUCAAAUAAUGCAAAAAAAACAAGUUCAUAUUCAUAAAGUUUGAAGAGUUCAGAAAUCAAUGUUUGGUGGAAUAACUCUGGUUUUUAAUCACAGUUUUCAUGCAUCUUGGCAUGUUCUCCUCCACCAGUCUUGCACACUGCUUUUGGAUAACUUUGUCACUCCUGGUGCAAAAAAUCCAAGCAGUUCAGUUUGGUAUAAUGGAUUGUGAUCAUCCAUCUUCCUCUUGAUUAUAUUCCAGAGGUUUUUAAUUUGGUAAAAUCAAAGAAACUCAUUUAAAUCAUUUUUAAGGGUCUCUUACUUUUUACAGCGCUAUAUAUAUAAAUGGUAAUGUUGAAGAGAACUGUUUGUUGAAUACCUACAGUUGCUCAGCAAUAAGGAGGAAAUUGCCAAAUGCAUCAAUUAUGAUGAACCUGGAACAUUUUUCAAAGCAACUCGUCCAUAAUGAGAGAAAGACUAAAGAAAUUGAUGUCUUGACUAUUUAAUAGAGGAAAAAUGUGGUCUACAAUCAGUUUGUUUUCAGAAAACUAUAUUUAUUUUUUAUAAUGUACACUGACAUAUUAAUAUCCUUCAGUUGAAAAUAAGUCUUUUAAUAAGACUUUUAAACUACAUAAAUAUAUAUUUUUUACUUUUCUGUUUUGUCUACUUACAUUUUUCUGAUAUGAAAUUGAAGAUUGUGUCACGUCCAGAGCAAGUUUAUCCAUUGCUCUGUGGUAAAUUCAUCAGGCCUUAAAAAAGAGAGCAUGCAAGCAUGACUGGGUUAUAGUGUUUCUAUGAAAUAUGUGAGUCUAGAGAAACAUACUUUUGAUUUGUAUAAAAAAUGCAUAAUUACCUGUAACUGUAUCUGAACAUUUUAUCCUACUUCAUGUUUUUCAUGUCAUGAUCAGUAAUAAUAAUAGAAAGACACCAUGUUGGAUUUUCUGUUGGUAAAUAUGUUAAAUAUGUAUUAUAGCUCAUUGUAUUCAUUUUAUAUUCAUAUACAGCUCCUGUUUUUUAAUCCGAUUGCAAGAUCUGUAAAUUAUAUGUUGAAGUUAAAUAUAAGGAUCAAAAUCUCCCCGUGCCACUGUACAGUAAUGAUGCUCACUCAUUCUGGCUGCAACUUGUUAGAUCAGUAUUUGUUGUGUAUAUAGUAUAAACAUAAGCAAGUUGGUACAUAUGAAUGAGAAUUAUAAACAGCACAUACUACAUAUAUGUAUAUAUUUAUUCUGUAAAUAAAUCGUAGAGACACUUAUGUUAGUGUGGAUCCUAAACCACAUAUGGAGUUUACUAUCCCCUUUCGGUUUUCUUCAUGUGUGAAGAAAUAACAAAUACUAGACAAUUUUACUAAGUGGAUUUGUGGAGGAAAACUGUAUGUCUGUAUCUUUUUCUGUACAUUUCUAAGCUCUGCUAUAACCAUAUAUGUUGUUAUGUUGUAUGACUGUUGUAUAGACAUGACUACAUUAUACAUACUCAGAAAUAAUAAAAGUAAAUUGUCAUA